AUGAGUCAGCCAGAUCCCGCUUUGACCCUGGGGGCACCGGACCCAGUGCUGCUGCUGUCCGUUAACAUUGACGUUAAAGGCGAACGGGAGCGAGUUAUAUAUAUAUAUAUAUAUAUAUAUAUAUAUUAUUAUUAUUAAUAUGGUGGCAUUCGUAGCUAUCGUGUCGGGAGCAGCGUGACAGACAAGUCUAUGUUGUCUAGCACCAUGCCUGGCAGGGCUGAAAUCUGAGGAGCAUGGUUGAGUGUCUUCCUGUUGUCAGUGACAUAUCAUUGAGUGCAGGGAAGAAGCUUUGUGGUAUGGGAUUUUCAUUAAAAUGACUUUUUUCCCCUUCAAUGUCAUUUUCCAUGCCCUUCAGAUUUAGAUGUAAUUGGCAUGAAAUUAGUAGUGCAUAUGAAAUAUUUUCGCAGAGAAAAUAUUCAGUGAAUCAAUGUUGUUUGACCUGAAUUUAAUGUCAGGUUUGCUGUACUAGAAGUUGCCCAUAAUAUGAAAAGGUCUUUGAAAAUAUCCCUAUAUGUUCUAUGGCAAGAAGUAGAACGUGCUCAACCAACGUGAGUAGAGGUGCAACCUAAAAAUGUGUAGACAUCAUUGGACUCUCAUUAGCACCACCAGCUGAAGAGUUUUCUCCCUAAUUAUCUUCCCCAUGCCCUGUAUCAGGACUGCCCAACCCUGUUCCUGGAGAGCUACUGUCCUGUAGGUUUUUGCUCCAACCCUAAUCUAGCACACCUGAUUCUAAUAAUUAGCAGGUUGAUAAGAUUAAUCAUGUUAGUAACACCUGGGGAUGGAGCGAAAACCAGGAACCGGUUUGGGCAUCCCUGCCCUAUAUGAACUUGUCAAUUCCCAUUGUGAUUAUUCUGAAGAAGGCGGAAACUUCAAUCUUUUAAACUUGUCUAAUAAAACUACGUAUUUUUAAUGGCGAGCGAGCGCUGUGCCUUUUCCUGUCCAAUGUAUGUUCUAUGGCAGCAGGACACCCAACCUUUUAUCAAGUUCAACAUCUAUUAUUUAUCUACUGUGCGGUUGUUUAGCCUAGUCUGUCAACAGUUACAGUGGAGCAACUCCUGUCCUUCACUGACCUCCUUGAAUCUUUUCUGUCUUACUGUCUCACUUUUCCUUCCUAUGUGGAGCUGCAAAUCAUCCGUUAAACCAGAAAUAAAACGGUUAAGCCACAACAGCCAUUAAUUAUAAAUGUCUAGCCUUUUUAUAUGGGGAUCUAGUUUCGGGCCAAGUUGGAUCCAACAGCAUGUUACACUGGGGCUGUAUUGGAGACAGGAUGGGGUACAGUGGGACUGUGUAGUGUAAAAAUGAUUUGUCGUAAACCCUUGAUCUACACUUCCUGUGUUUUCUUCCGCCCUUUUGCCAUUUCCAUCACCAUUUUCCACUAGAUUCUGACCAAUCUUAUGUCCCUAGUUUCUUCUUCACAUUGCUUUUAUAUUUGGCUUUUAAUGUUUUAUUUCAUGUCUCUUUUUCCCACCCACUCAGUCACUUUUGCUUUCGCUCAUACCCAUCUCGUUCUCUCUCUCAGGUGCUGACUGCCACUUUGCGAUCAUCGCCCACCCGGCCGUUCUGCCAGACAGUUGCUGCAUCAGUAUCCAACACAGAGACACAUCCUCCUAUCUGCUGCAUAACAGGCGGCCCUGGUCCCCCCUCAACCUGCCCCCUGCGCUAUGAGCAGAGGACGAGGAGGGCCCCCCAUAGAGCAUUACCACCGACCCCCUCUCCCCCAACUGCAGGCUAAGCAACAAUACUACAGAGCUGGACCCCUGGGAUUUCACCCCAGAGCCCCCCCACAACAGGCCCCACACCCAAACGUCCAUUCAUACAUAGGCCCAGUCCCCCCUCUAGUACCACCCAGUGCCCACUCUCAGCCGCUCUACCCCUCCGCCCCUCCCCCACCCGGCCACAACCCAGCCCUGAGUCAGCAGAGCUCUUGUCCCAGUGGUCCUAACUCCUUCAGGCAGCAGCAGGUCCACUUCCUGAGGGGACAGAACACUGAGGCGCCCCAGUUUAGGGUGAGCCCCAGAGGGGCACAGAGCUUGGGUCGAGGGGGACCGAACGGACUCUAUAACGGAUCGAACCAGUCCCAGGCAGGGUACAGCAUAUACUCCCAAAACAGCUCCAGGGGGAGAGGGGGAUACAGCAGCGAGCGAGGCAGAGGGAACGGUAGGGACUACCCACCCAGUCAGGGACCCCCUAGAGGACCAACCGGCCCUAGAUUCUGGAACCAGAAGCAGACUUUGACCCAAAAGCAAGGCUUCAACAGACAGUGGAGCCUGCAUGCAGACUGUGCUGACGGGCUGUCUUUCUCAGAAGGCUUUCAGAGUUUAUCCUUAGACAGAGAGAGGUCCUACAGAGGAAGAGUUGACAGAGGCGACAGCUUUGACAAAGCUUCUGUCGGUAGUAGUAAUAAUUCAAACAACAAGAGUGCCCCUACAGUUCAACUACCCGACAUCCGAGAGCAAGUUUUGCAAGCCUUGGCAGAUUUGAGCCCCGGCGAGACACUACAAGCAAAGUGUUUGGCGAAAACGCUGCGGCUGCCCAAAAAGUUUAUCAACCAGGCCCUUUACGCUCUCGAGCGUGAUAAGAAAGCUUCGAAACACGGUGAAAGUCCUCCAGAGUGGACUGUCUACAUAGAACCACAGGAAGAACCGGAAAGUAGAGAUUCUGAUCCGGAAAACCCACGUUCACAACAGAGGGAACAUUCUGUGGAGGUGUCACAGGAAGGGCCUUCAGAAGAUUGUUCUCUCUUCCUAUCUGUGAAGGAGGAGGACGUUGUCAUCGAGGCUGAGAUCCAGCAAACUGAAACGCAGACCCCUGAGGGCGACAAAGAAGAAGAUUACUACGUAGAAUCCGAUUCGCACUCCUCUUCCUCAGAACCAUCCGAGUCAUAUCGGCAACAUUCCCAGUCCCAAACCCAACAACCCAGUAUCAACAGCAGCAGUAACGAAGAGCUUGACCUAGACUUUGACGAGAGAGACAUGGCGGACUGCGGCAGUAACCAGAAGGAGUUGAUCCUGCAGUAUCUGCUGGAGGCAGGGGAGGUCACGGCCCUGGUGAUCUCCAAGAACUUGGGCCUGAGGGGUGCCAAGCAGGUCAACCCCACCCUGUACGCCAUGGAGAAGCAGGGCGAUGUGAGCCGCAACGCAGAGGUGACCCCUCACACCUGGGAGCUGUCUGCCCACCGCAGGGAGAGGAUGGAGAGGAGCCUCAAGGCCGAGCGCAGCACCCCUGCCAAGGUCGAGGGAAUGGGGUCUGGAUUCCAGGCGGUGCCACCCGGAUUGGAGGGUCUAGGGGCCAACGAUGAGGCGGUAGGUGGACACUCUCACGGCGAGGGGGGGGUGGUGGGGGGAUAGGGAGUUUGGGUGGGGAAUUCACUGGUGACCCCCCUCCCUCACUUGGAGCCCGUCUCCUACGGAGAGUUGGAAUGGGAGGAGGAGGAGUGCGGCUGUUACCCUAGUAACAUAAUGUUGGUUGGAACGUUGAUGGGUGAACAGAGCGCUGUAGAUUCCGAGCUGAGAAUGCCAGGCCUGAAACCGAUCCCACUGACCCCCCAACUUCUGCCACCACCUCUUUCUUUCCUCAAUUCCCUCCUAUUCCUCCUCUCCAUCCUUCAUCCCUCUAUCAGGAGGACGAGUCGAACGGAGGGCAGUGGGCGACCGACGAUAUCCCAGAAUUCCUCAACGCCAUCAGCCGGGACGGAGGGGGGACAGUGGCAGUCUCCCUGGCAGCGCCCCCACCUCAGAACCUCCGUGCCAAACUCCAGGAGGUGAGGGCCAAGAACCCAGUCAGCGGCCUGAUGGAGUUCGCCCAGUACCAGGGACACAAUUGCGAGUUCCUGCUCCUCGACCAAUCAGGGCCUUCACAUGACCCCAGGUCAGUGAUGUCAUAAUGUUCCCAAUCAAUCAUGGUUGGCCGUUGCUGGUAUGUCUGUAAGGGGAAACUAAAUGAUUGAUUUAGCAAAUUCUGUAUUUAUUUUUUUAAGUGUGACGAAGCAAUAUCUGAGCACAGUAGCUAGCUAGAUACAAUGUUUUGUUGUCCCUGCUCUUUCUCUCUACCUCUCACUCCCUUGUAUUUUUCUCCCUCUCAGAUUCCGUAUGCAGGUCAUGCUGGACGGAAGGUUGUUUCCUGUUGCUGAGGCAUCUAAUAAAAAGGUGGCGAAGAAAGAUGCCGCCUCAGCGACCCUGAGGAUUCUGCUUCGCGAGAUAGAGGGGGGAGGGGCUGAGGAGGGGCUCACUGCAGGGGUGGACCAGGCCAUGGACCCCACAUCUGACAUCCCUGUAAGUCUGAAGUGUGUUCUUGUGUGUGGAGGUUAAUGAUAAUACAUGUGCUCUGUGUUGUGGUUGAUUGUGUGGUGUAAAGGCCACACAAUCAAUUUUUAAAAUAAUUUUAUAACUCCUCUCUCUUCCUCCCUUGCUGUCUCUGUCUGUCUCUCUCUCCCUCUCUGUCAGGAGGUAGUGGAGGGUCCGCCCCAGGCCCUGUCCCGUUCCCUGCCGGGGGGUAAGAACCCAGUGUCCAUGCUGAUGGAGUACAGUCAGCGCACUGGAAACCCGAUCGAGUUCAUCAACACUGGACAGGAGGGCCCACCUCACGACCCACGGUAUCCAUCUGUCUACAUCCUUCUCAUCAGGGAUGGGGUCGAUUCGAAUUGAAGUCAGUCAAUUCAGGAAAUAAACUGACAUUCCAAUUCAUUAAUUGAAAAAAUAGCAUCCGUUUUCAAUGAUGUCUCUGUAAACUGAAAAGGAGAAGCUAUUUAUUUCACGUUUUUCCAUUUUUGAAUUUUAAAUUCAAAUCACUUCCUGAAUUGAGUGACUUCAAUUCGAAUUGAGCCCAACCCUGCUUCUCAUCUUUCUCUCCCUGUUCCUCUCUCCUCCUCUUCUAUACAUAAAUCCAUCAUUAGGAAAGGUGGGCCUGCCCCCACCCUCACCUCUCUUUCUCUCUCCCCCUCCCUCGGGAGCAGUUAUUUGUGUCCUGGAUGACUUUCAUACUGCAGCAGUCUGCUGACUGGGGGACACAACAGCACCUCUGUCUCUCUCUGCAUAUAUCCUUCCCCUAGGCACCUACUGUACUGUCCCGCAGUAAUCUGAUACUGGGAAGUGUGACCAUCUUUGUCCCUCUCCUCCAUCCUCUUCCUCCUCCUAAGUGAUGUAGUCUCUGUGAAGCAGAUUCACAGCUCUGCUCUUUGAUGCCCCCAUGUGGUUAGAGAGGGAUGUCCUCUUACUACUCUCACUGAUGUAUGUUUAGGAUGUAUAUGUUAAUCUCUGUUCCCUCCUCCUCAGGUUCAUGUUCAGGGUGAAAAUAGGGGAAAGCCUGUGUGCUGAGGCCUCAGCCCCCAGUAAGAAGGCUGCCAGGCAGCUGGCCGCAGAGGAGGCCGUCAAGGAGUUAAUGGCCGACGGGAGACUGCAGCUCAACAAGGUGAGUAAAGGACCCGAACAUGGCACUGAAAGAUUUUAAAAACUAAAUGGAUGGUUCCCUAAAAAAACACUACCCCAUUAACUUAGGAUUUAGGCUUGACAAACAUUGGCUCUGGGACAAGCUAGCUAGCUAUUUAGGAUGUCAUAAGACCCAGUCAUGUGGACUUUUCUCAUUGUGCCUCCAGGCAGUGAUUCUCAGAAAAUAUCAUCUGACCACUAAGAUCACUCUUCCCUCUACUCCUACCAUCUUUUCACUGCCUCAUCUCUUUUCUUUCCUCCUCCUCCCUCGCUCUCAUCCCCUCUUUCUGCUUCUACCCUUCUUCCAUCCAUUGCCCCACCUUCCCCCUCUCCACCUGUCCUCUCCUCCCUCCAGCCCCAGUUCCCCCUGUGUCUGUCUGGUGAUGAGGGGGGCUUCAUGCCCGCUUGCCCCUCCCUGCCCCCUCUGACAGAGGAGGAGCUGCGUUCUGCCCACGAGGCGGGGGUUGGUGACCUCAUCAGCCACCUGAACAACAACGCCGUGUCAGGCCUGCUGGAGUACGCCCGGGCCAGGGGCUUUGCUGCAGAGAUACGGCUGGUCGGGCAGUCAGGACCACCGCACGAGCCCAAGUCAGUACACAUACAUUUGCAUACACACACAUGCUAACAUACACACUCUAAAGUGUAAUUCAGAGUCCAGAGCUGUGAUAGUCCAUUGAGACAUGAAAGCCAACAGUCUAAUAUUCUAAAACGCGGCUGUGCAUACAUGGAUGCGAUUUGGACUCUGAUAAGUGCUUAACUCUACCCCCCUCUCUCUCAGGUUUACCUACCAGGCUAAGCUAGGGGGUCGCUGGUUCCCUCCUGUCUGUGCGUCCAAUAAGAAGCAAGGGAAACAGGAAGCAGCUGACGCAGCUCUGAGGGUUCUGAUUGGAGAGGCUGAGAAGGCUGCCCGCACCGGGGAACUAACCCCUGCAGAGGUCAAUUUACCACUAUUACUAUACUACUUUUUAAAACUAUGGGUCAGGACCCACAGUGGGCCUUGGGCAUGUUAGAGGUGGGUUGUGAGUGAGGAGAAUACACCUAGAAUCACACACUAUUUCAUCUUAAUUUGGGUUGCUGGUGGAUAAUUUUGGGUCACGGGAGGACGGUCAGUUUCUCAUUGGGUCUCGAGCUGAAAAAGUUUAAGAGUGCCACCUAUACUAUAAAUACACUGUUAAUACUACGGUUAUGCCUUAAUCUACUUUUGUGACUGGUGGGCCAUCCAUUACCUGUUAUUGUUUCUGUCUCUCUAGCUGCCACUGAGUGGUGGGACCAUCCAUGACCAGAUCGCAAUGUUGAGUCACCAGCGCUUCAACGCCCUCACCACACGCAUACAGCACAGUCUUCUGGGAAGGAAGAUCCUCGCCACCAUCGUCAUGAAGAGGGGGGAAGGGCUGGGGACCGUGGUCAGCCUGGGAACAGGUACCUGUCGUGUGUGUGUUUGUAUGCGAGGGAAAAGAGAGCCAUUUGGAAUGAUUUUUAUCUUAACCCUUUGAGAUACAAAUAAAUGUAUUUUUGUUUGUAAUUCUCCUCAGGAAAUCGUUGCGUUAAAGGGGAGGAGCUGAGUCUUAAAGGGGACACCGUUAAUGACUGCCACGCAGAAAUCAUCUCCAGGAGAGGAUUUAUCAGGUAGGAAGUUACUGCUGCUCAUUUCUUUUCUUCCAUUCUCUGUCCUUUAUAUAACCACACUCUUUUUCCUCUUCCUCCUCCUUUGCUCUUCGUUUUGAUUCCUUUAAAGCUACUCUACCUGCCUUUCUAAAACCUCCCUUUCUCUGUGUCUCUCUGUGUGUAUCACUCUACAGGGUGUCAUAUGUCAGCUGUGAAGUCAUUACAGACUGUGAUGUGUGUUAAUGUGUCUGUGGAGUCCAUCUUGUUAGUUGUAGAGUGUUAACGCCACUUACCAGAUCCUCUGUUUCUCCAGCAGUCUCCCUUUAUCUGUGUUGGAUCCUGGACUCUGUCACUUAUCUGAAUCACUCAAAUAAAUAUGAAUUCUACCUUUCCUCUCACCCCAUCUAUCUCUCUUGCUCUCUCUCCUACCCCUCCCUCCAGGUUUCUGUAUGCUGAGUUGCUGAAGCACUGUGAAGGAUCAGAGGACAGUAUAUUUGAGCCAGCUGAGGAGAACAAGCUCCGGGUGAAACCUGACACCACCUUCCACCUCUAUAUCAGGUGGGCCUACGGAAUAUGUUUCUCCCUCCCUCGUUUCUUGACCCUUCACCCCCUGGCUUGUCUUCUCUCCCCAUUCCCUCUGUGCCCUGGAACUCAACUGGGCCACCAACCCACACACAUUGUUCUAGGGGGUUGAGAAGCCAGGGUUUUUUCUGCAUAGAAAAGUAUUGGGCGGGCCGCCUAAGGGUUUUCGGGCCACCUAUGUCCAAACAGUAAAAUAAAAUGUUUAGAAAAUGAUUUUCGGGGUGGAAUUUCUCCCCCGGUGUAAACUACAACCAGAUGUAGAAAAUAUAAUUGACAUGUAUAUAUUUAAAUAAGGUCCUCUUUGAGAACUAACAAUCCCGAAAAUAAAAGCUAGACAAAAUGAUGCAUUCAGGAGUAUUUUUGUCAUGGCAUGGGGCCCCAUUGAUUUUGUUGUCUUAGUCCCUCAGAUAAAAUAAGCCAUGGCGAAAUGUGUAGAAUUGCAGGAAAUUAUCCUUUUAAAACAGCAAAUUUUGUCGCCGGCCAACAGGAGGGCCUCUAAAAUAUUUGGUUGGCGACCGCACCAUUGGCCACGCCCACCACCUAAGCACCAUUUUGAUCCAGAAAAAACCCUGGAAGAUACUUCCUGUUAACGACGUGCUCCUGUCAACAUAUCCAUCUCCCCCUCUCUCUUUCUAUCUCUCCCCCUCUCUCAGUACUGCUCCGUGCGGAGACGGGGCGUUGUUUGAUAAGUCGUGCAGCGAGGACGCAGGGGACGGCCAAGGCCACCAGCCCCUGUUUGAGAACGCCAAGCAGGGCAAGCUGCGCACCAAGGUGGAGAAUGGUGAGUUACAGCCAGACGCCAUCUGCAGGACAGUUCCAUGGGGCUUCCCUCUGUUACUGAGGACAAGCACAUAGAGCUACCGUGUUUCUGAACUCCCCUCCCUGCAGGCAAAACAGAGCAUGACUAAACAUUCACACCUCAUUUGCUGCUGCUGCCACAUGCACACCUGGUAGACAGGACAGAAAUGUCCCAAUGGAUUCUAAUGUUCCAAUCUGGAGCAUGGACUGUGUGGUUGGUUCUAGUGUACAACCAUCACUUUGACCACUGGCACUCUCAAAUGACACCCUAAUCCUCAUAUAGUGCAUGGCUUCAUCUUUGGAGUCAAAAGCUGAACUGGAAGGUUGUCUUUGUGCCUGCGUGUAGGUGAAGGCACCAUCCCGGUAGAGUCAUCGACCAUCGUGCCCACCUGGGACGGCAUCCAGCACGGCGAGCGUCUGAGGACCAUGAGCUGCAGCGACAAGAUCCUUCGCUGGAAUGUCCUGGGGCUGCAGGGAGCCCUGCUCUCCCACUUUCUCCAUCCUAUCUACCUGGCUUCAAUCACCCUGGGUAAAGAGGGAGUGGAGAAUGGAGGGAGUGGAGAAUGGAGGGAGUGGAGAAUGGAGGGAGGGGAGAGUGGAGACUGGAGGGAGUGGAGACUGGAGGGAGGGGAGGAAGGAAGGAACGAUAGUAGAUAGAGGAAGGAGGGAUGAGGAAGGAGACAGUAAACAUUUGAGGGAGGAUAGAUUGGAAAAGAGUGAGGGAGGAUAGGUUGAGUGUGGGAGUAGAGGGAGAGGGGGGGUCACCGUUGGGUUCAGUCAUGUUUAACAAACUCCACUCUUAAGUAGACCAUAGAUCUGAAUCCUAAACUACAUCGUCCUAAUACUGUAGGAAUCUUGGCCAGCUUACUAUCCAUCCACCCAGACAGUCCCUGGCUAACCCCUCAGACAUCCACUGCAUCUCCCUAAGUUACUCACCUCUCCUUGUCAGAGUACACUAUGAUGUGAAUGAUCACCACAGCCUUGUUAACAUGGAAAUGCACUGACUCACACAAAUACACACACUCUCCACCUCCUCUCUCUCCACCCCUCCUCUCUCUCCCACCCUCCUCUCUCUCUCUCCCCCUGCUCUCUCUCCCCCCCUCCUUCUCUCUCCCCCCUCUCCUCCCUCCUCUCUCUCUCUCUCCCUCCUCUCUCUCUCCCCCUCUCUCUCUCCCCUCUCUCUCUCUCCUCUCCCCCCUGCCUCUCUCUCCCCCUGCUCUCUCUCCCCCCCUGCUCUCUCUCUCUCCCCUGCCUCUCUCCCCCCUGCUCUCUCUCCCCCCUUUCUCUCUCUCCCCCCCUGUUCUCUCUCUCCCCCCGUCUCUCCCCCCCUGCUCUCUCUCUCCCCCCUGCUCUCUCUCUCCCCCCCUCCCUCUCUCUCCCCCCCUGCUCUCUCUCUCCUCCCCCCUGCUCUCUCUCCCCCCUGCUCUCUCUCCCCCCUGCUCUCUCUGCUCUCCUCCCCCCCCUGCUCUCUCUCUCUCCCCCCUGCUCUCUCUCUCCCCCCCUGCCCUCUCUCUCUCCCCCCUGCUCUCUCUCUCCCCCCCUGCUCUCUCUCUCCCCCCCUGCUCUCUCUCUCCCCCCCUGCUCUCUCUCUCCCCCCCUGCUCCUCUCUCCCCCCCUGCUCUCUCUCCUCCCCCCCUGCUCUCUCUCUCCCCCCCCUCUCUCUCUCUCUCCCCCCUGCUCUCUCUCUCUCCCCCCCUGCUCUCUCUCUCCCCCCCUGCUCUCUCUCUCCCCCCUGCGCUCUCUCUCUCCUCUCCCCCCUGCUCUCAUCCCCUCUCUCCCCCCCCUGCGCUCUCUCGCUCUCCCCCCUGCUCUCUCUCUCCCCCUCCCCUGCUCCUCUCUCCCCUCUCUCCCCCCCUGCUCUCUCCUCUCUCCCCCCCCCCUGCUCUCUCUCUCUCGCUCUUCUCGCCCCCCUGCUCUCUCCUCUCUCCCCCCUGCCCUCUCUCGCUCCCCCCCUGCGUCUCUCUCUCCCCUGCUCUCUUCUCUCCCCCUGCUCUCUCUCCCUCUCCUCCCCCCCUGCUCGCGCUCUCUCUCCCCCCUGCUCUCUCUCUUUCCCCCCCCUUCUCUCUCUCUCCCCCCCUGCGCUCUCUUCUCGCCUCCCCCCCCCUGGCUCUCUCUCUCUCUCCUCUCGCUCCCCCUGCUCUCGCUCUCUCGCCCCCUCUCUCUCUCUCCCCCCUACCUGCUACUCUCAUCACCCCCUGCUCUCUCUCUCUCAUCCCCCUAGCUCUCUCCUCACCCUCCUCCUCUCUCUCUCUCCCCCCCUCCUCUCCUCUCUCCUUCUCUCUCCCCUCCCCACCUCCUCGCCCCCCCCCCCUCCUCUCUCCUGUUUUGUUUUCCCCAUCCUUGUCUCUUAUGUUUGUCCCUCCAGGCUACUUGUACAGCCAUGGCCACCUGACACGUGCUGUCUGCUGCCGAUUGGCCAGAGACGGCGAAGCCUUCUCCAAGAGUCUACCUGCUCCCUACACACUCAACCACCCAGAGGUAAACACACACAGAAACACACUCAACCACCCAAAGGUAAACACAAACGUGCACACACUCAACCACCCAAAGGUAAACGCACACACACAGAAACACACUCAACCACCCAGAGGUAAACACAAACGCACACACACAGAAACACACUCAACCACCCAAAGGUAAACACAAACGCGCACACACUCAACCACCCAAAGGUAAACACAAACGCACACACACAGAAACACACUCAACCACCCAGAGGUAAACACAAACGCACACACACAGAAACACACUCAACCACCCAAAGGUAAACACAAACGCACACACACACAGAAACACACUCAACCACCCAAAGGUAAACACAAACGCGCACACACUCAACCACCCAAAGGUAAACACAAACGCACACACACAGAAACACACUCAACCACCCAGAGGUAAACACAAACGCACACACACAGAAACACACUCAACCACCCAAAGGUAAACACAAACGCACACACACACAGAAACACACUCAACCACCCAAAGGUAAACACAAACGCGCACACACUCAACCACCCAAAGGUAAACGCACACACACACAGAAACACACUCAACCACCCAGAGGUACACACAAACGCACACACACAGGAAAAACACAGGAACAUACUCAGCCACCCAGAGGUAAACACAAACGCACACACACAGAAACACACUCAACCACCCAGAGGUACACACAAACGCACACACACAGGAAAAACACAGGAACAUACUCAGCCACCCAGAGGUAAACACAAAUGCACACACAGGAAAAACACAGGAACAUACUCAGCCACCCAGAGGUACACACAAACGCGCACACACACAGGAAAAAACAGAAACACACUCAACCACCCAGAGGUAAACACACACACUAUCAACCCCCCCGAGGUAAACACACACACUACAGUCAACCAGCCAGUGGUUCCGCUCCAAGCUUCCAGCAUAGCCAUUAACGCAGACAUUGCUUUACGCUCUAUUUGGAAUUGUUGAUUCAUCUGAAAGGAUUUAUUUAGUCUAAUUCAAAUCAAAAUCAAAUGUUAUUGGUCACAUACACAUAUUUACAUACAUAUUUAGCAGCUGUUGUUGCGGGUGUAGCAAAAUGCUUGUAAUUGAACACAAACCCUCUUUUCCUCUCCCUUUACCCCUCUCUAUCCCUCCCCUCUGUCCCUCCCCUCUGUCCCUCUGUCCCUCCCCUCUGUCCCUCUAUCCCUCCCCUCUGUCCCUCCCCUCUGUCCCUCCAUCCCUCCCCUCUGUCCCUCCAUCCCCCUCUCUCCCUCCAGGUGGGCAGGGUGAGUGUGUAUGACUCGACGCGUCACACAGGGAAGACCAAGGAGUCCAGCGUGAACUGGAGCCACCCAGACCACAUCACUGUGGAGGUUCUGGACGGGACCAAGGGCAAACUGGACGGGUACGCACCCCGCACCACAACUAGAACCAGACCCUCAGACCUGGAUCUAAACCCUCAUCCAGAUAGCAGCACCAGGUGGUUAACCUGGACACACAGGGCCCCCUUUUAGUAGAAUAGCUAUCACGAUUUAUACUCAAUAUCGAGUAGUGACAUUUCAUUCAAAUUAAAAACAUGUUGAAAAUGUUUCAAUCCCAGCGUAAUAGCUUCUGUGUAUUCCUAAACCCUGUUUGUCUUCCUUCUAGCCCCAAACUGGACGUGUCGCGGGUCUCCAAGUCCAACAUCUUCCGUCAAUUCCGGUCGUUAUGCCAACAGUGCGGGCGCCAGGAUCUGCUGGCUCUCCCAUCGUACGCCCAAGCCAAGAUGGCCGCCGUGUCCUUCCAGGUCGCCAAGCAGCAGUUCUUCGAGGCCCUGGGUAGCCAUGGUUAUGGAGCCUGGAUUGGCAAGCCAUUGGAGGAGAAGAGUUUUGACGAAGCGGCGGCCUUCGAUGGCCAAGGGGCAGGAAGUGUUGCUAAUAGCAACCAAGGAUACAACAACAACAAUAGCUAUGGAAGCACAACCACUGACUAUAACAGCAGCCAGUGGGGUAGUAGUGCGUACACACAGGCCAUGUAG